UAAAUAUUUAUAUAAAAUGAGAGAUGUAAACUUGAAAUAUAUGGUUAAUUAUACAUAUGUUCGGUUAUCUUCGGAUAUUCAUUCGGGUUCGGAUAUCCAAUCUCUCCUAAUUAAAUACCCGUUCGGAUAUUUUACUACUUCGGUUCAGAUUUUGGUUUAGGUUUUUCGGAUCGGGUUCGGAUGCGGUUUCAGAUAUCGGGUAAAGUGCCUACCCCUAUGAAAAAGUAUCAUAUGUUAAACGUAAAAUCUAAUCAAAUGACGUUUAUAACGAAAUUAAUAUCCCAUACACCGUAGGUUGGUGAAAUUUCCAAAACCAUUUUGUAAAAGAAAAUAUUAGAUUUGAGUUAAGACUACGGCUUCGAAUGUUACAAACCGCCCCGCCCCGUACCGCAGUUAACAGUAACAAAAAUCUCUACACAUACCAUAUAUCUAUACGUUUUUAUAACUGUUAAAACUGCACCGCAGUUGAACCGCUUGUCCCGCACCGCUCAAUCCGCAGUUACCAUAUUUAAUUGAAAUAUAAAUAUGGAUAACACACUGUAUUUUUUAUUUUAUAAACAAACGACGGAUAGUAAAAGUAGUAAUUUCCGACAACAAAAAGGUCCAUGUCGAGAGUGUCAGUUCCCACGUUUUAAGUGAGACAUGAAAGGCAACCAUUCACCAAACAGUAUAGUUAAUUUUUCCUCUUUUAUAUAUUUCACACAUUCUCCUUCGUCUUCCACUUCAUCUCUCUCUCUCUCUCUCUCUCUCUCUCUCUCUCUCUCUCUCUCUCUCUCUCUCUCUUUUCAUUUUUCUGUAAAGAUUUGUAAUUCCUGAGAUAGAGAGAAUGACUAAAAUCUCUGUUGGAUUGCAACUUGUGACAACAGAUUCAAAAGAAAAACUAAGCAACAUAGUGAUCAAAUCUUCACUUAGACCAAACCGAUCCAAUCCAAACAUCGCGGAGCGCUGUUUCCUCAAAACAUGUCACCUCUGUAUGAAGCAGCUCCAUCAAGACAAAGAUAUUUUCAUGUACAGAGGAGACUUGGGAUUUUGUAGCAGAGAGUGUAGAGAAAGUCAGAUUUUGAUCGAUGAAAAGAAAGAGCUAGAGGCAUCCACAAAGAUGAUGUCGGCAGCUUACAGACGCUGUAACUCCGGCGAGAACCGGACUUUGUUGAAUGAUCUACGGCGGCGACGCCAGCUAUUUAUAGUUCCUUAAAUCGAUUACAUACUUCACUAAUUAGUAAUUAUUGUUUUUGUUUGUUUGUUCAAACAGUAGAACUGUUGCAGAGAUGUAGUUUGCAAGAGAUAUGUUAUAUUACAAAUGUAAAUUACAUGGUUUAUAUUGAAUAUAUAUAUAUUGAUACUUUUUAUUUGUUUAUGGUAAGGAUAACGAAAUCUAAGCAUGCACAUUAGUCUCCAAGUUUGAAUUAUGUAAUAUGUAUAGAUUAUUCGGUUUUGAAAUCAAUUUUAAAAUAUAUAUAAUAAAUUUAGUUUCUAAAUUGUUAAAAAUCUUAUGAAUUUUAGAACGAGUUUUAAAAGUUUUAAUCGUUCUUUUAAUUUUAAAAGUUUUAGCUGAAACCUAUAAUUUUAUUGGACUGAGAUCAAGAACUGGUUAUUAAAUUCUCUUUUUAACUAUUGAUACUCGAACUUGACAUCUUUAUCUUUAUGACAGAAACCUUUAUUAAUAGAUACAAAGUCUCAUUUAUUAGUAGAGACAACAACUCUGGAUUAGUCAUCCCUUAUCUUGAGUGGGAAGAAUUACUGAUGGAACAAAACUUGAGCUUAUAAGUGUAACCUUAUCAAUGAAGUUCUAAAAAAUAGUAUCCAAACCCAUAAAUAAUAAUAGUUUAAAACAAAACAAAAAGUUUUCAUAUUAAAUUUAUUUUGUUUUUGAUGAUCAACCAUUUAUACUAUGACAAAUGGCUAUUUAGUUUCUAAAGGCGUUCUAACAAAUUCUGUUUCAGAAUCUACACUGACAUUUUCUCUUCUUUUUUAUUAUUUUAGUAUUUAUAAAUUUUAAGAAAUGGAGAAACCCUUGUUGGACAUGUUCUAAGAUUGUUUGCAAUUGAAAUUGUUAGCGAGAUGAUCAAUAUUCUAAAGUAUCAUAUCCUGAUUAUAACCAAACAUGAUUAUGUAAUAUCAUAUUCAGAUUGGAUCUUGACAUGGAAGAUAUGAACUGGAUAAAAUAUACUUUUGAGUGGGGAAAUCUUUAGAAUGAUUCUAUUUGUUGUUUUGUGCACGGAGAUAUUUUAUACAUGGACAUGAGCAAACUAUGGUGUAAAGAUAUGAACAGCUGAUUCAGUCACGUGUUGAAUAUGUACUCUUUUUUUUUUUGUCAACGAAUAUGUACUCUUUUUAAUAUCGUGCAAUGCUAUUUUUAAUAUUAAAAUGAAUUAUUAUUUCUUAACAUUCAUACAAAAAAAAAUUAUUAUUUUACUUUUAUUAUAUUUUCCCUCCUGCCUCCUCAAUUCUGAUCUCUUAAGUCAACUGGAUUUGUUGGGCCCAAUAAGUAAUAAGGUGACUAAGGUCAACUGGUUUACGGUAUCAGGCAAAGAAUAGCAGAUUUAGAGUAUGCCCUUUUAAAAUCGGCCCAAUAACUUAAACUAAAUGCAAAUGUGGAACUCAGCCAGUUAACCCACUAUAUGAGCUAUUCGACCCAAUAAAGUUUUGUUUGCUUUUGUGCCUAAGAAAAUUAAAGUUGUAUGCAAGUUUGAUGAAUGAGAAGUUAGUAUAUUUGAAGUUUCGCUAUUCAAAACUUCAAAUUUGAAGUUUUGAAGAGUGAAACUCUAUAUUUGAAGUUUCACUAUUCAAAACUUCAAAUUUGAAGUUUCAUAUUUUUAUUUGCAUUUUGGUCCCUACAAUCACGCAUAAUCUUUAUGAUUCAUAAAUAU